UUUACGAAUGUUUUGCUCUGGGAGUGACGCAAUAAGCUCGCGACAGCAGCUUGUUGACGCUUUUUGAAGCAGGACCCGUAGACCAAGCGGAAACCAGGAUGGCAGACGUCAACGACGAGGCUCCGGUCGAGGAGGAGGAAGAAGAAGAAGACGAAGAUCUCCGGGAGCCGGUGCCGGAUGACAGUGUCCCGGCUGAGCGCAGCGGCCAUGUGGCUGUCACCGACGGGAGAGAAAUGGUUGUGUGGGGAGGAUACAAGAAUGCCCCGGUGAGAGGAUUUUAUGACUUUUACUUGCCCAGAGAGGAAAUCUGGAUAUAUGAUAUGGAGAGUGGACGCUGGCAGAGAGUGAAGACUAAAGGUGACGUCCCUCCAUCUAUGUCUGGAAGCUGCGCUGUGUGCGUGGACAGGGUCUUCUACCUCUUUGGUGGACAUCAUGCUCAUGGCAACACUAACCUGUUCUAUAUGUUGAACCUGAGUCCCAGAGAAGGUAAUUACUUCUGGGAGAAAGUAGACUGUAAAGGAACUCCCCCUUCUCCCAAGGACAAGCUUGGCGUGUGGGUUUACAAAAACAAGCUGAUCUACUUUGGUGGGUAUGGAUAUUUCCACGAUGAUCCAGUAGGGACCUUUGAGUUUGAUGAAACUUCUUUUGGAAACGCUGGCCUUCCAAGAGGGUGGAACAAUCAUGUGCAUGUUCUGAACCUUGAGAAUUUCACCUGGAGCCGUGCCAUAACCACCGGUAAAACUCCUUCGCCUAGGGCUGCGCACGCUUGUGCCACCAUUGGAAACAGAGGCUACGUGUUUGGUGGCAGAUACAGGGAUACCAGAAUGAAUGACCUUUAUUAUCUGAAUUUUGAUACAUGGGAAUGGCAUGAAACGGUCACCCAAGGAGUAAAUCCGGUUGGAAGAUCUUGGCAUUCCCUAACGCGGGCUUCAUCAAACAGCCUGUUUCUCUAUGGAGGAUUUACCACCGACAAACAGCCACUGAGUGACGCUUGGAUUUAUAGCAUGGCAAGAAAUGAAUGGAUUCCUUUCAAGAACAAUCACUCUGACAAACCAAGGCUGUGGCACACGGCAUGUGCCGGUAAAGAAGGAGAGAUAUUUGUCUUUGGGGGAUGCGCCAACAAUCUGCUCGCUCACCACAAAGCGGCUCAUAGCAAUGAAGUUUUAGUCUUCUCUGUUCAGCCCAAGUCUCUGGUCAGGCUUUGUCUUGAAGCAGUGAUCUCCUUCAGGGAAAUGCUGGCGGGGAACCUGGACUUUCUCCCAAAGCACUUACUCCACAACGUUCACCGGCGGUUUGCGGAAGAUAACAACACAUGCGGCUCCUGAUAAGUGUCUGGGAGCAGGGGGUCUCCAACCCAUGUAUAUAGCACUGAGUUCUGUGUGUUCUAGUAAAUUUCAUUGUGUGUGGCAAGUGGGGGUCUUUUAGUGUAAAUAUUCUGUACAAUAAAUUCAAAAUCCCAGCCUUCAUCUUAAGGUAGUAUUUAAAACUCCAGCCCCAACCCAUAAGAUAAUAUUAGGUGUCUGGUAUCUGUCACUGUAUAAAUACCAGUCUAGACUAUUCACCUUCAGUCCUACAACUCGCUAUAAGUAGGCUUUCUAAAUCAGAACGUAAUUCAAUUGACAAAAUGCGAUCGGCUUUAUUCACUAAAGGGAGAGUGGUGGUUUUAACUCCCCCACUUGACGCUUCGUUAUGAAGAGCCAACCUGGGCAGGUUUCUCCAGGAUGAAUGCCUAAUGUAUGUUGACCAGCCAGGCAUCUCCUCUUGAUAAUGUUUUGUGAAGUCAAGAAGCUGUGGAGAACUCCUUGUCCUCACCCUUACCUACAAGCCCACAACAACAAAAAUGGAAGUCGAUUUGUAAAAGAGCUAUUUUAUAUGCAUUUGGCCUAUUCUGGUCGCUCAUAUGUCUUCCUGUUCACAACAGAAAACGCCAUAAAGAUACUGUCUGCCCUACAAGGCAAUUCUGAUACCCUCUACGUGGGGACAUCUGUGACUUCAACCCAUUUCUCUGGUUCUAGAUCCUGCUUAUUUACUGAACUAGGAUAAUCAUUAAUAAAAAGUAGAGCGUU